CGGACGAAAGAAGAAUAUGCAGCUUUUCGGGCAAACGGGAAGAAAUGACUGACACCCUCCGCCAGUAAAGUUACCAUUCUACCCCCUCACAACUCCCUUCCCUAGGCGAAAGCUGCAACGUUUCCUGCCGAGAGACCAGAAUUUCUGAAAUCUCUCUCUACCCUGUACACGCUUCUCAGGAAAAAAUGAAAAGAAAAGACAUGGCAGCGUUUAAAACCCCAGGCAUUAACUCUAUUUACUGUUUUACCACUGAAUCGACGUGUCUGCUCUUCUACCCCAGAACUCAUCAGAAAUUUAAGAUCGGCAUUUUAGGGUUAGGGUUUCUCUCUUUCAGAGAGGAACUUGAAGUACAUUUUACAGACAUGGAAUUUGGAUGCUUAAGAGUAAAUAGCUAGGCAGCCCCCCAAAAAAGGGAAAAUGUCAGAAGCUAGGCGACAUUCUGUUGAUGUUCCUCUUUCAAGAACUUUAUUUGCACUCAGGAGAGUUCGGUCUUUGCGGGACCCAUCGACUAACUCCAUGAGCAAAUUCACAGCUUUCAUUGACAAUCUGGGCUGGGAAACAAGGUCCUUUAAUGAGGCCUCCCUUGGGUUAGAAAAUGUGCAUGAUGGUGUUCGAUCUGAUAAGCACAGUCUUCUUGGGUUGAAGAAUUUUCUCUCGGACAGAAUACUAGAGGAAUAUGAUACUGAUGCUGAAUUGGAUUAUGACAUCUCAAGAAGACCCAAUGUUAAAUUAAUUUCGCAGAAGAAAUCUGGUAGGAUUCAAUUUCAGAGCAGGGAUUUGCUGAAGAUGAAAAGGGAUGAUGAAUCGGGCUUUUCUAAAUCAAGCAUGGAUGGGGUGCAUGAGAGCAGUGGGUUGUUUUCUGAAAGCAGUCAGUUGGAUUUGACAUGGUUUCCACAUUGUACCAGCCAUUUGUCAGGGGAUAUGAACUCUGUGAACGACCCAAAAAUUGAAUCAGCACGAUCAGGAGAGAGAGCUGCAGCAGUGUUAAAGAGGAAGUCUGUAUAUGGUAAACUGAUUAAGCCAUCUGGGGUUGUAGAAGGUGUUAGCAGAAGUCAUGUAGGCAGUUCGUGCCCCUCCAUAACUGACACUCCAGUGGAUGGAUCGAGUGUUAGCACAAACGAGGAGGUGGAUGUCGUGGCUUCAAAUCACCAUGGGUGUGGAGUCAGUUGCUGUUGGCCGAGAACUCCGAAAUUCAGGGAACUGAAUCUCCCUUCCGACAUGGAUGGCUAUGCAUUUUUAUCUAAGGAAGGGAAGGAAACACCUCAGUCAGGGAAGGAAAGGAGCUCGGUGCAUUUCAAUAGAGACUUGGCUAUGCAUGCAGACACUCCAAGGAGUCUAAGUCAGAAAUUCAGGCCGAGAUCUUUCAGUGAAUUGGUUGGACAGCAUGUGGUGGCCCAGUCUCUUUUAAGUGCCAUUGCUAAAAGAAAAGUCGCUUCCCUUUACCUUUUCCAUGGGUCCCGUGGUACUGGUAAGACGUCAACCUCUAGGAUUUUUGCGGCGGCCCUGAAUUGCUUUUCUCUUGAGGAAAAUAGACCAUGUGGGCUAUGCCGAGAAUGCAUUUUGUUUUUCUCUGGAAGGGGGCAGAAUGUCAAAGAAGUGGAUGCUGCAAAAAUGAACCGUUCAGGUCGGGUUAAAGCGCUUCUUAAGAAUGCUGCUCUUGCUCCAGUCUCCUCACGGUUCAAGGUCUUCAUCAUCGAUGAGUGCCAGUUGCUGCGAGGGGAGACCUGGGCUGCUUUUCUGACUGGCCUUGAGGAACUUCCAAGACAUGCUGUUUUUGUAAUGGUUACUGCUGAUCUGGAUAAACUACCACGUGGUGCAGUAUCUCGAUGCCAAAGGUACCACUUCCCCAAGAUAAGGGAUGCAGACAUUGUUAGCAGGUUGCAGAAAAUCUGUGACGAGGAGGGCUUGAAUUUUGACAAGAUUGCACUUGAUUUUGUUGCUGCUAAAUCUAAUGGUUCUCUUCGAGAUGCAGAGACAAUCCUUGACCAACUGAGCUUGCUUGGAAAAAGAAUCACCCUAUCUCUGGCAUAUGAACUUACUGGAGUUGUCUCGGAUGAUGAGUUGCUCGAUUUGCUGGAUCUAGCCUUGUCUUCAGACACUUCAAAUACAGUUAGAAAGGCUAGGGAGCUUAUGAGAUCUAGGGUUGAUCCUAUGCAAUUAAUUUCACAACUAGCAAAUCUCAUCAUGGAUAUUCUUGCAGGCAGAUGUCAGCCAGGAAGUUCUGAAGUAGGAAGAAGAUUUUUCGGAAGACAUCCUUUAGCUGAAGUUGACUUACAGAAGCUGAGGCAUGCAUUAAAAAUACUUUCUGAGACUGAAAAACAGUUGGGGACAUUAAAAAAUCAAACAACAUGGCUUACGGUAGCACUUCUACAGUUCAGUGCUGGAGAGUCCGCUUCUCUCUUUGGUAGAAAUGAUUCAAGGGUAUGCCUGGAAACAGCAUGUCCAAAAGAUGAUGGUUUUUGCAGCACAUCCUCGAAAAGGGAGGGUCUGAAUAAUUCUAUUUCUCAUGCAUGCAACCCUAGCGAAUCCCAUCAAUCAGAGAUACAUUAUAAUCAUGCGAGGAAAUUGGAAACUAUCUGGAGGAGAACCUUAGAAGAAUGCCAAUCAAAUACACUAAAAAGGUUCUUAAAAGAAAAAGCAAAGUUGUCUUCCGUUUUCGUCAACCAAGGCCUGGCAAUAGCAGAUGUGGAAUUAUGUCAUCCAGAUCAUGUGUACAGGGCUGAGAAGUCAUGGAAACUUAUUGCUAGUUCACUUCAGCUUGUGCUCGGGUGCAAUGUAAAAAUUAGAAUCAAUUUUAGGCCCUGUACUGAAAGAAAAAAUGUCAAAGUGAAGUCAUCAUCCUUUAAUUUGUUGACUUGUUCCUGUGGAAAGCAAGAAAAUUCAGUUUCAGGCACUGUGGAUGGAUGCAACUAUUCGGAUGCUUCUCCUUCCCCCUCCAAUCAGCCUCUAAAACGAGAAACAUCUGAUAAUGGUCAUUCUUCUUAUCAGUUUUCACCAUUGAUGCACCGGUUGCCUGCUACAAACAAUGCAAUCUCCCUUCAUCGUAAUGACGCGGACACUAUAAGAAACAUUGAAGUAAAUGCUCUAAGCACUGGCACAACUACAUCACAUAGAGAAGUAGAUAGUGGCAUGCCAAGCGGGUGCAAGUUAGAAAUUAAUUCUUCAGAGGAAAUGAAAAACACAGAAUGUCAGUAUCUUAGCACUCAUGAACCAGAAGCUCAGCCAAGCUGUUUCUCAAAGACCCGAAAACUUAAAAGACUUUUACGUUCAUCUGAUGCUUCUUGCACAAUUUGUUUAAGGAUCCAGCCAAAUCACAAACUUGAAUUCUCUAUUCCCAGAAAGGCAUCUAUUGAACCAUAUUUCUGCAUGGAUGAUCCUUACAUUCUCUGCUCCAGUUCAAAUACACAAAUAAUGCGCAGCAACACAUCUGCAGAUGAGGACCGACCAAGCAAAGAAUCCAAGGUUAGCGCGAAGCUACAUUGUCGGAGAUCACCCAGAUUUCCAGUUAGGAAGGGUUGGCUACGCAAGAGGUUGAAUGAAAGAAAAUGUCAAUGGGUUGCUUGGAUCUUACCUUGUUCUACUGCCAAGUUGGAUGGGCGUCACCAGCUAUGAAGGGAGGAGGAUUGCAUGGAUCACAGAUAUGUGUAAACGAUUAGUUGACAUGGUUGUAUCAUCUUCAAUUAAACCAUGUAAUGAAAACUAAUUGACACCCAGUUGGGAAGCCAAGUUGGUCAUG